CAGCCUAUGAUGUCCAGGAGACAGCAGCCAUAACUGAGGCCAUCCUGGAACACUACCACAUCCUCUUCAGUUGGGGUCGCCAACAUCAGCGGGAGAGGACAGCCCUCUGGGAAGACCUCACACAGAGAGUGAACACCUUGGGGAACCAUGGCCGCACGUACAAACAGGAAGAUAUGGCUACCAAGUGAAAAAUCAGUCUGACAGUCUUUAAGUGAUUCCUACAUCUGCCUGUACCAUUUUGGAGUGACCUGGAAUUUCCAGUUCUGGUUACUGUAAUUUCUUCUCUGAAAUAAGAAUGAUAUGAGAGAGCGAGAGGAAGGAGAAAAAGAAGAAGAAAAAGAAGCAGUUCAAGGAAGCUAAGCUAGUCAGCCAGGCAGAACUACACAACACUAAACGAACUCUGGAUUUUCUCAAGUAUGUACUUCCCAAAGAUAUAAUGUUAUUUGCUGCUGAGAACUUUUAAGCCGUAGCAUUUGAAGUCUCCUGGGCCCAUGGUAAAACUGAUCUUUUGAACUCUUAGCUGUUGGAUAUUUUUGUUUCACUUUAACUCACAUUUUGUCUAACCAGGAAAACUCCAUUUCGGACUUUGGAUACUAGCAAGGGCUUCAUUUGAUUUCUUUCUUUCUUUACUUUUUUUGAAAGAAUCUCUGAGAUAAUGGGUUCAGAGCGAGAGUCUGAGUCACCACACUCGUCCAUAAGUGCCACACCAAAUCCAAAGUGCCCAGGCUCAGGAAAGAGAAGAAGGCGAAUUCCAUUUCAGAAUGUUUUUACUAGCCGAUCCCAUUCCAAGAGGAAACAAGUGGCAAUGCCAGUGGCAGGCACAGAAAACUUGCCUUCAGAGCCAUCUGAGACUGAAAAGAGCCUUCCUGGGUCUGAGAGUCAAGCAACACUAACCCCUUCACCUUCUUCCCAGAAGGAGUUUUCAUCAGAGUUCUUGGAGUGCCCACUGUGCUUUGUGCGGCAGCCUCAGGAGAAUGUGCCAGAGAUCAUGACUUGCCACCACCGCUCUUGCCUGGACUGCUUGCGCCAAUACUUGCGUAUUGAAAUCACAGAAAGCAGGGUGAAUAUUAGCUGUCCAGAGUGUUCAGAGAGGCUGAAUCCACAUGAUAUUCGGUUAAUUCUUAAUGAUAGUGCACUAAUGGAGAAAUAUGAGGAGUUUAUGCUUAGGCGCUACUUAGCUUCUGAUCCGGACUGUCGAUGGUGUCCUGCUCCUGACUGUGGGUAUGCUGUGAUCGCAUAUGGAUGUGCUAGCUGCCCAAAGCUCACCUGUGGCCGAGAUGGAUGCUCAACGGAGUUCUGCUACCACUGCAAACAGAUCUGGCAUCCCAACCAGACGUGUGAUACAGCUCGGCAACAAAGAGCACAGAUGCUGCGGGUGAGAACGAAACAAUCUUCAGGGCUCAGCUAUGGGCAAGAGUCAGGACCAACUGAUGACAUCAAACCUUGUCCACGUUGUGGUGCCUACAUCAUCAAGAUGAACGACGGUAGCUGUAAUCACAUGACCUGUGCUGUAUGUGGCUGUGAAUUCUGCUGGUUGUGUAUGAAGGAGAUCUCUGACCUGCACUACCUCAGUCCUUCAGGCUGCACAUUUUGGGGUAAGAAACCAUGGAGUCGUAAGAAGAAGAUUCUCUGGCAACUGGGCACACUGAUUGGUGCACCUGUGGGCAUCUCUCUCAUUGCUGGCAUUGCUGUCCCUGCCAUGAUUAUAGGCAUCCCUGUCUACGUGGGUCGAAAGAUCCAUAGUCGCUAUGAAGGGAAAAAAAUAUCAAAGCACAAAAGAAAUUUGGCCAUCACAGGUGGUGUUACACUCUCUGUCAUUGCUUCUCCUGUUGUUGCUGCAGUCAGCGUAGGAAUUGGAGUGCCAAUCAUGCUGGCCUAUGUAUAUGGUGUGGUACCAAUAUCCCUGUGCCGUGGCGGAGGUUGUGGUGUUAGUGCAGCGAACGGCAAGGGAGUGAAGAUAGAAUUUGAUGAAGAUGAUGGACCCAUUACAGUUGCAGAUGCGUGGCGAGCUCUGAAGAACCCUAGCAUUGGUGAGAGCAGCAUUGAAGGACUAACCAGUGUGUUGAGUACCAGUGGGAGUCCCACAGAUGGACUGAGUGUUAUGCAAGGAAAUUAUGGAGAAACGGCUAGCUUUGCAGCACUUUCUGGUGGAACUCUAAGUAGUGGAGUGCUUAUUGGUGGCAAAGGAAAGUAUAGCAGGUUAGAAGUGCAGGCAGAUGUGCAGAAGGAGGUUUUUCAUAAAGAUUCAGUCAGUCUAGGAGCAGUCAGUGAUAAUGCCAGCACAAGAGCCAUGGCAGGUUCCAUCAUCAGCUCCUACAACCCACAAGACAGAGAGUGUAAUAACAUGGAAAUUCAGGUCGAUAUUGAAGCCAAACCAAGUCAUUUGCAUCUUGCAGGUGGUAGCAGCUUUGAGGACUCCCUUCAUGUACACACGCAGGCUAUUGAAGAGGUUGGCCUGUCUUGUACAGAGGAAAAAGGCAAUCACACAUGUCCAGAUCCUAAGGAAUGCACUACAAGUAAAGUCCACGAUGUCACCCUGGCACAGCCCGAGAGCAUACGAAGUGACCUUGAGACUUCGGACACCCAGUCUGAUGAUGUACCAGACCUCACAUCUGAUGAAUGCUAUUCCCCUCAGCCUAGGACUGUAAUGAGCAGUGAUGAUGCCCUAAGUACCGGUGAGCUCUGUGAAGAAGGUGCACAGCCAGAUGGACCCCUUUUGGACCAUGAACACAAAACAGACAUAAUAGAAUUCAGCAUUUAGGUCUUGCACUUUUCAUUUAGAAAAUGCACUCAUGUUGUGUGCAGGGAUAACUAGAAGAGGGUGGGAACAUGAUCACUGUGCCGGCACAUUUUAUUUUCUGUUUCAAAAUCUGAUUGUAAAGCACAUUUAAAAUGUAUGAUCCUGCCCUAGCUGGAGAAUUAAACCAGACUGUUAAAGA